UCGUUUUGUUGUCAAAUUUCCAUUAAAAAAUUCUUAUUCCACACGAUUGUUCGAUUUUUGCGUGACUAGUGACUACUAGAAUUAAGAUCAUUCAAAAUGUUCAACUGGAAUCUAAUUGGAAGUAUCAUAUUGCCAAAUAUCGGCGGAUGGGCAGGCGCUAUUACCACGGCUGGUCAGAUGAAAAACGAAAAUGGUACCGCUUGGUACCAAACCUUAGAGAAACCGAGUUGGAACCCGCCCAACUGGCUGUUUGGACCAGCGUGGACCGUCUUGUACUGUGGUAUGGGCUUCGCGUCUUACUUGGUCUGGAGAGACUGUGGAGGUUUCACAAAAAAAUCAAUACUACCAUUGGUUUUAUAUGGUGGCCAACUUGUCCUGAACUGGACGUGGACACCUGUGUUCUUCAGAUUGCAUCAGAUUGGCUUGGCGUUAAUUCACAUAUUCCUGUUAGACGCGGCGGCUGCAGCGUGCACGGCUAGCUUCAUAGCGGUCAACAAAAACACAGCUUACUUCAUGGUGCCUUACCUAGCCUGGCUUUGCUUUGCCACCACUCUAAACUACUCCAUAUGGCAAUUGAACAAGGAUGAUGGCGAGAAUUAUAAAUAAGAACAUUCUAGUUAAGUAAAUCAUGUCUGGUUUCUGAGAAUUUUUACAUUUAAACUAAAAUAAACUAAGUUCAUAUAAGGCAGAGCCCUAAAAGCGCUAUCUAGUACUAAGUAGAUGAGACUUCCAACUUCGGGACAAACAACUUUAUUGUUUGUUUUCUUUAAUCCGGCAAUUUAAAUAAGUUUAUGUAAAGCGAUCAAUAAUUUGGGAGUCUUUUAAAAACGCUUUAAACCAUAUUAUCGAGUAGAAAUAUUUUUCUAUAAACUUUUUUAUAUUUCUUUCGAGACAGUGACAUCUAUCGGAAGCAUUGUCAAGUACGAGUUAUUCAUAAUAUUACGAUUUACGAGAAUUCAUAAACCGUCCCUGAUUGGUCAGUAAAAUUAAACGUAUCUAUCUACCCUCACUUUUAUGUUCAGAAACAAUUUUUCCAGUUAAUGGAACUAAUUAAACUGGCGACAAUAUCUCAGAAACCGGGAAAUAGCCAGACCAUUCACGAAUUUUAUAAGAACCAAAUAAUCACCUCCUUACUUAUAAUUAAUAUUAGUAUGAUUCGUCUAUGAUUAAUAUUAAGUCGACGUUAAAAAGGGGCCAUUUCUAAUACUUUUAUUUUAAUAAAGAUAUCAAUGCACAAACCAAGGACGUCGCCAGCUUAUGUGGGGCAAUGGGGCAAUAAUAUGGAGGAUAAAAAGUAUGAACGCCAGCCCCUUUAGAAACACUGUGGAGAUAAACUCAAGGUACCGUUCCGAUCUUUACCGCGGCUAAAAGGGCCCA